AUGGACAUAAACGAGGACAUAAUCAGAGAGGAAGUGAGCAGCUUCGUGUCCAGUCUACAACGACUGCUGCCCAAGAAAAAGGAAAUCAUAGUUAUACAGCCGCAGAAAGUAAGAUUGACAAGGCUAAACGAUGUUCAUUAUGAGGCGAAAAACGUGUUUCCAAAGUGCUUUAUCGGUGCUAAGCUGGUUGUUUUGAGAGACGUACUGGACAAAGUCAAAUUAAUUCAACAAUACAAUUACGGUAAACCAAAAGAUUCAUAUAGAACUUUCGGACAUUUGAUACAUCAGGAAACGGAGCCUAAGCAUGUCGAUGAUGGCUUAGUGAUCGACUCCGCUGGCAGCGCGACAGCGACGUACAAAGAGGUCAUCGAGGGGUCAUACGAAAUGCGUUUGACAUCGCGGAUCAAAGAUUUGGUGUCCUCGGAAACCGAAAUAGUGUUUGAUAAGGAAAACGAGAAGUCAGUCGGUACGGUCUCGUGUACAAUGAGAGACGUUGACCCGACCAGUCUUAAAUUCAUAACGCAAUGGAUGUAUAAAGUUCAUUCCGAUGUUUAUGUUGGCACAGAAGUUGGGAUAAGGCCUUUAGCGUUCCCCGCGGCGCCUGAUUACUCAUUGAGCGUUCGAUAUGAAAAGCCUUCUUUCGCAUUAUCGUCGACGAUCAGCAAGAUUGGUUUCCAAGCUUGUUUAUACAAGAAAUUCGCUCCGGAUUUAGCGAUUGCCUCGAUUCUUAGUGAGGACGGCCGCGGUGUUCCCGUGUCUGUCGGGCUGGCGUUGCAUAAAAAUUUCGGGAGUGACACCGAUUUGAAGGUGUUUGUAGAUUCGCAGCGCUGCGGGGGAUUUACGCUUCAGAAAGAUGUCCAUUUCCGCGAGAACCGUGAGACCCGGGUCCUCCGGAUCAUAGCCAGUACCCUCAUAGACAAGCAGAGGAGGGUGCGAUUCGGUUUUGGUUUUAAUCUUGACUUUUGACGAUUAUUGUGGUUUUUUUUUCUGUUAUAUAUGU